AUGGAAAUUUGUUGUUUAGAUCAGAGUGAAACGAAUGCAAAUAGAGAUGUUGUAUUUCAUUUCAAUUUGAACGUUUUAGAAAAUGAGGCACUUACGAAUACUGAGACCCUUCUUCUCAGUCAAAAAUCAAAAUCUACCGUUUCUACCGUUAAUGACACUUGUUUAUUCAACAAGUUGACUGGAUUUGUCCACGUUCAUAAGACUCAUUUGAAUAACAUUGGCACUUUGCAAAAAGAUGUGAAAUCCGAACAAAAACAGUUUCACUGUAAAAAAACCGCACCAAGUCCACGUUCAUAA